AGUCUCCUCUCCUCUGUCUCUCUGCUCUCUUCUCUCGUCAUUUCAUCCCUCAGCCAGCUCAAAUCCUCUGAUUAGUCCUUGACUGCACAGCACAGCACAGCACAGGAUGUCGAUAGUGAUCAUUGUUGCCAGGGAGAUCCUGGAUUCCAGGGGGAACCCCACAGUGGAAGUGGACCUGCACACUGACAAAGGUGUCUUCAGGGCAGCUGUGCCUAGCGGAGCGUCUACUGGCAUCUAUGAAGCCCUGGAGCUGAGAGACGGAGACAAAAGCCGCUACAAGGGCAAAGGUGUGCUCAAGGCUGUUGGUCACAUCAAUGACACCAUCGGUCCUGCCCUCAUCCAGUCGGGGGUCAGUGUGGUAGAACAGGAGAAACUGGACAAGAUGAUGAUAGAGAUGGACGGCACUGAGAACAAGUCUCAGUUUGGGGCCAAUGCUAUUCUGGGUGUGUCCUUGGCCAUAUGCAAAGCUGGUGCUGCAGAGAAAGGUGUCCCCCUGUACCGUCACAUUGCUGACCUGGCAGGAAACACAGAGCUAGUGCUUCCAGUUCCUGCAUUUAACGUCAUCAACGGGGGCUCUCAUGCGGGCAACAAGCUGGCCAUGCAGGAGUUCAUGGUACUUCCUGUAGGGGCGGAGUCUUUCAGGGACGCUGUGCGUGUGGGGGCGGAGCUGUACCAGACGCUGAGGGAAGUGAUCAAGGAGAAGUAUGGCCAGAACGCCACCAACGUGGGGGACGAGGGGGGGUUCGCCCCAAACAUACUGGAGAACACUGAAGCCCUGGAGCUCAUCAAGACAGCCAUCGAGAAGGCAGGUUUCACAGACAAGGUGGUGAUCGGGAUGGACGUGGCAGCCUCUGAGUUCUACAAAGAGGGCAAGUACGACCUGGACUUCAAGUCUCCGCCCAACGCAGACCGCCACAUCAGCGCCCAAGAGCUCUGCGACAUGUACCAGGGCUUUGUCAAUGACUACCCAGUGGUGUCCAUUGAGGAUCCGUUUGACCAGGAUGACUGGCCGGCCUGGUCCCAGAUGACAGCCUCCGUGGGUAUCCAGGUGGUGGGGGACGACCUGACCGUCACCAACCCCAAGAGGAUAGAGCGCGCCCUGGAGGAGAGGGCCUGCAACUGCCUGCUGCUCAAAGUCAACCAGAUCGGCUCUGUCACCGAAGCCAUUCAGGCGUGUAAGUUGGCUCAGGAGAAUGGCUGGGGGGUGAUGGUGAGCCACCGCUCAGGUGAGACAGAGGACACCUUCAUUGCUGAUCUGGUGGUGGGCCUCUGCACUGGACAAAUCAAGACUGGAGCUCCCUGUCGAUCAGAGCGGCUGGCCAAAUACAAUCAACUCAUGAGGAUUGAGGAGGAGUUAGGGGACCAGGCUCGCUUCGCAGGGCACAACUUCCGGAACCCCGCCGCCCUCUAAGACCCCUCUGGGCUGACAGACACUGACACAGAAUCACAGACAUACAUCACAUCACUGCAGGGCACAGACAGACAGACUGACAUAGAUGGACAGACACAGAUGUACACAGACAGAUAUACAUAAAUACCUUCAAUGAAUCCGACAGACAGACAGACAGACAGACAGACAGACAGACAGACAGACAGACAGACAGACAGACAGACAGACAGACAGACAGACAGACAGACAGACAGACAGACAGACAGACAGACAGACAGACAGACAGACAGACAGACAGACAGACAGACAGACAGACAGACAGACAGACAGACAGACAGACAGACAGACAGACAGACAGACAGAUAGAUAGAUAGAUAGAUAGAUAGAUAGAUAGAUAGAUAGAUAGAUAGAUAGAUAGAUAGAUAGAUAGAUAGAUAGAUAGAUAGAUAGAAGGUCGGACAGACAUAUGGUUGGAAGGAUAAAGAGACAGACUGACAGACAGAGUGCGAGCAGACCAAUAAUCAAUUACCGAUUACCCCCUUAAAAAGUAAAGCAGAGACAGACAGACAGACAGAUGCACUGAGAAACACAUUCAUAUGAAUUAGCCUUUAUAUCACUGAAAACACACUGAUGUAUUGGAGGUUAUAUGUUUCAUCAGAUGAUGAGUUGGAGGCUGGUGCAGAAUGCAGACGGACUGAUUGGUUUUAAACAAGACAUGAGUGUGUUGCACAAAGCAGUGUUUCUCUCUCAAAACAUACAUGCACAUUCCUCUACCUGUUCCCUCUUCUUUUCCAUCCCUCUCUUUUCUCCUCCCCUUUACUUCAAAGCGUUUUCCCAUCUCAGUUUCCUCAAUUGCCCAACCCUUUCCCCUUUCCUCCCCUCCCCUCCUUCCACCUUUCAGUUACCACUUACAUCUAAAAGCCUGCAACAUAAUUGUAUGUUACCACUUACAUCUAAAAGCUUACCACAGAAACCAUCCAAUCAAUAAAGAUAUGAACACUUAUGAUGUAAACAUCAGC